UUGUUAUAUGAAUGAAGAGUAUCCUUAAUAAUGUUUCGUGUUAAUUCAUUGAAUAAUUGGAAAUUGACCAAAAUGAACUACUUUUAGGAGGUACAAAUGCUCUUUAAGCGCCGCACCUCACGAUUACAGAUCCGAUUUUUUCUCCCCAUUUCGAUUGUCUCAAAAUUUCUUCUCCCAUUUCACGAUCUGGGUUCUCUCUCUUUCAUCGUUUUCCUUCUCCAAAUCACUCCUUUCCUGUUCUCCAGAUCGCUUUCUCGCCUCUCUUGUUCGAUCCCUUCAUGGAUUGUACCCUGAAAGGGGCGGAAAUGGCUUCUUCUUAUUGAUUUACUGUUUGUCGGAUUCUCCAGUAUUAAGAAGAUGAGAAGAAAAGAAGGCCCAUUUGAUUCAGGAUCCUGGUAGAAUGAAUGCCCUGCUGCAAUGGAAAGUAAAACCUCUUUAGAUGGGUGCUUUAGAUUGUAUGGCUACAAAAGAUAGAGAGUUUGAAAUCGAUCUUGAAGGUGGUGGUAAUACCAGUGAAGACGAUUUGAGCAGUGAAACUGAUUCGACAUCAAAAAGACAUGCCAGAAAAACCUUUGGCAGGCUUCGGAGUGGGUUUCUGUCCUCUGAUAGAUCUGUAAGUCGAACUGGUACCUUUGCUUCCAGUAGCAAUUCCACCAAGCUUGUUAAGCUUGGUGUUGAUGACAAUGUGGAGUUGUUGAUGGAGAGUUCAGAUGGAGAAAAGAGGAGAGAAUUUGGGGCUUUUGCUGAGAAGAAUAACGUGAAAGGGAAGAUUAAGAAGAAUGGAAAAGUUCACAAGCCACCACGACCUCCGAGAGGUCCAUCGUUGGAUGCUGCCGACAGGAUCUUUGUUAGAGAGAUUGCCGAGUUAGCUGUGAAAAAACGUGCCACAGUUGAGAGAAUAAAAGCUUUGAAGAAGAUGAAAGCAGAGAAAGCAUCUUCAUUCAACAGCAGCUUACCUGCCUUAUUCAUCACAUUACUCUUCUUUGUAGUCAUCAUCUUUCAAGGAAUGAGUGCUAAAGGUAGCACAAUGGUAAUGGUAUCGGAUUCUCCUGCCCCUUCCGUUGGUGGAGGUGCAGGCUUGAUCGUUCAGCAUUCAGUUCAAUUUCAAUCUUCCCCUAAUGUUAACGAACCUGAAUCCCACAUUCUCAAUUUUGCAGGCAAGCAAACUUCUGACCCUGCUGCAGCUGUACAAGAAGGGAGCUCGGUGGAAGAGUUGAAGAACCAUUGAAGUUUAGUGUCAAUAAGCUGGUAAAUCAUCGUCAUCUUCUUUAGUAGACUGAAAUUUUCAUACCAUAUAAUUUGUUUCAAGGCUUCACAUCAUGUUGUUGUUGGUAAAUGGUAUCUGUAAAUAUGCAAAGGCUUCAAACUUUCCCUCCAAUGGUCUUUUGCUAGGCUUUUCAUGUACAGAGAGAGUUCACAUGUUAUUGAUCCAUAUUAUUUCUUUUUUCCUUUUA